AUGCUGGACGAUACACCCUGUCUCCCUGACAUUGAACAAUCCAUCGAUCGGUAUUUCGGAAAAUUAAAGAAUAAAUUUUCAAUGUUGUUAACAUAUCAUCCAACAAUCGAUUGCGAAAACGGUCGUUAUCUAUUGUUGAAUAAUUCAUUAGCGGCUCAUGUUGUCCACGGUACUGGCUCACAACUAAUGUGGUAUUUAGGUGUUCUAAAUGUAGCAUAUGCAUUGAAUUUGAUUUUAGUACAUCUAGAAUGGACUGCAGAACAUUCAGGUGACGAAACAAAUACCGAUAGAGAAAAGUAUUGGCACUUUUUCGAUUGGGAAAUUCCUUACUCAGCUUAUCGUUCAUGUCCAAAAAACUCGUCUGUGAAACAAAAUAUAUUCAAAUAUAAUUUACUGAGAAAUCAAACAUUUGAUGAAUAUCAUAACGGCAAACAACCAUUUACAAUUAAGCCUAGCUUUAAAUUGUUAUUUAAUCAUUUCAUAGGCAAACUUGAGCGCAAUGAUAAGAAGUCGAAUAAUGGUGUUGGAUUUACAUUUUAUUCCAGCCAGACGUUUACUAUCAUAUCAUCAUUGAUGGAAGUGGGUAUUGUUUUUGAAACUCGAUGGUGGUUACAACAUCGAAAGUUCUACAAUGAACGGUCUGUGGUUUGGUCUGGUGUUCCAGUUUCGUCUAAUUAUCAGCCAACUGAUUAUUUUCAGUAUAUUCCAACUAGUAUUAAUCAAAGUAUUUCUGUUACUGCCGCUUAUCACAAGAGGAGCAUCGUAACGUUUCAACCGAUUCAAUGUUCAUCAAUUGACAUUCACAAUGUCUUACUGAUUGGAGUACACAUACGUCAUGGUGAUGUUGUAAAACGAGAUCAUAUGGGUCGUAUAAUUUCGGGUGAUCUUUAUCGUUACAUUGAGAAUUCAGCCUAUGCACCGUUAUUAGUUUCGAUUGUUAAUGCAUUACCUGCUUUGAUACAAAAUCAAUAUUUAAUCACAAUUUAUAGUGAAGGUGUAAUCAAUGAUUUUCAUGCUAUACUGAUGGAUUUACAAACUGCAUUGCCUAGUUCACGCUGUCGUGUUUCGUUUUUCUUAAAUGGUCGCACAUCCGAAACAUUUAAUCGUCUACUACGUGACGAUAUAAUCGUUGGUGCAUUAAGUACAUUUAGUAUGGCUACUGGUAUAUUUAAUAGUCGUCAAUUAAAAAUUGGACCAUAUCACAAUCGAGCAAGAGUGCAUGGAAUGAGAAAUUAUUUGAAAUUAGAGUUAAAUGCAAAACACACCCGGUUUCAAAUUACCCAAGAAAACCAACGACUGAUCAAACAAAGAAUACAAUAUGUCUGGCAACAAAAACAAGCACAACAUAUGACACCUACUCCAUUAUGGCUAGAUAAUUAUUCAUCGACUUAUCCCGAAGAAUUUAUGCUCAUUUAA